AUGACCCAGUCCGACCUUGAUCAGCUGCUCGACAUGGGCUUUGAGAAGGCUCGGGCUGAGCUGGCGGUUAAGAAGACAGGCAACCUAAAUGGAGCACUUGAAUGGCUUGAGGCAAACCAGGAUAAGCCCCUCGAUGAGCUCACUGCUGCCGCCUCCAGCACGGCUGCCAAGGACGACGACGAUGAUGCAGGUGAAGUUCAGGCCAACAUCGAUGCUCUUGAGAGCGGUGCCACCGCAAAGUCGCUAGUUUGCAAUGAGUGUGGCAAACGCUUCAGAUCUCAGGACACGGCCUCUUACCAUGCAACCAAGACGGACCACACUGACUUCUCGGAGUCGACAGAGGAGAUUGCUCCCUUGACAGAUGACCAGAAGAAGGCUAAGCUUGAUGAACUGCGUGAGCAGCUUAAGGAGAAAAAGGCCAAGCAGGCCCUCUUGGACAAGGAGGAAGCCAAACGCAACGAGAAAAUCCGCAUGAAGGCGACAAAGGAAAGCCAGGAAGCCAAGGAAGAGUUGCAGCGCAAGGAGCAGAUCAAGGAGGCUGCCAAGAAGCGUCAGGAAAAGCAGGACGACCUUGAGGCGAAGCGCCGCAUCAAGGCCAAGAUCGAGGCUGACAAAGAGGAUCGGCGCCGCAAGGCGGAGGAGGCCAAGGCCGCGAGGGAAGGCCGCGCCCCUGCACCUGUUCCCGUUGCCGCGCCCUCCAUCCCGAAGGCCACUGCAAACCACAACGAGGCUCGCUUGAGACUGCAGACGUCGGGCGGCAAUAUCCUGAAGACCCUGCCAGCCGAGACCACCCUAUUCGAGGUGGCGCAGAUGCUCCAGUCUGAGAACGGCUUGGAGGUUACGAGCUUCUCGACCACUUUCCCGAGGAAGACGUUUGAGGGCCACAUGGAUCUCAGCAAGACCCUGAAGGAGGCUGGUCUCACACCUAGCGCUGUUCUUAUCGUCAAAUAG